AUUUUAGAGGAUCAUGGGGUUCUUGAACCAGUAUAAUGAGCAAAUCGGACUAAUUUACGACGUCUCGAAAUUGAAGAGGAAGUACGAAACAUCAAUUAAGGCCAGCUCGCAGAGGACGAAGUGCGUUUCUUACGGUUUUUUCCUCAUCACCAUUACCUCUCUCGUCCUUUACCUUACCAGAGACGCCAUGACCGCUCAACUGGUCUCUCAGCAGGCUUCAUUUCCGGUGCACAAAAGAAGACAUGCACUUGCAGACAAAAGUUUUGCAGAAACGAUACGGACGAAGUUCGGUCAGAAGUGCUCUCCUCAAGAAAAUAUAAUUUUUACUAAAACCCACAAAACGGGCAGCAGUACCAUCACCAAUAUUCUUCUCAGAUACGGUGAAGUACACAACAGAACCCAGCUACUGUACAAGUACCCAUCCAGCACAGAGUACAAGAAGCUCGACCCUGAUAGACUGCUCACUGGUCGCCCAACGGCAAACAUCUUCGCUCAGCACGCCAACUUUGACCAUGCUUUUCUCAAAGAUCACAUAUUCAACCCUUCGAAAACUUUCACCAUUCUGCGAUCCCCUGUUUCACAGUUCUCAUCAGCCUUCAGCUUCUUUGAGAUCACUAAUCUCUACCCAGCGGACACAUUUGAGGAGAGUUUGAAGCUCUUCUUCAGCAGUCACAUGCAUGACAAAUACUUGGUUAACACGUACUUUUGUAAGAACUGUGCUAUGAUGGUGAACGCUAACAGCAUUGACAUGGGACUAAAUAUAGAGGAGUACUUCAAGUCGGCGGAUCAAGACAGGUAUUUGUCAAACUUUCUGGAACAAGCCUCCCAAAGGUGGGAUCUAGUGCUGAUAACUGAGCACUUUGAUCUGUCGUUAGUUCUACUGAAGAGAAAAUUCUGCUUGGAGUUUGAGGAUAUUCUGUACCUAAGAUCCCUUGAGAGGAUAAAGAAAGAUAAAGUUGAGGACCCGUCCCUUCUCGCAAAGAUAGCACAGAUGCAGAAGCUGGAUAUAGCGCUGUACGACCACUUCAACGCUACGUUUUGGCGGGAAGUCGAAAAAGAAGAGGGUAUAUUCGAGGAGCUGGCUAUAUUUCAAAAGCUGAAUAAACAAGUUCAGUCAUUUUGUGUUGAAGGUACUAGAGUUGGAUAUCAGGGAACCUACGCCAAUGUUCUCUCCACAAAGGCAAGGGACAACUUCCAGUGUAUGGCUAUGAACACCAGAUGUCUUAAUUUCAUAAGAUUAAUAGAAGCAAGAGAUGACACCGCGGUGAAUGACAACAUGAGAACGGAAAUUGCGCUGGAGUUCACGGAUCCUGACAGUUUGAAUCUGAAACAAAUCAUACAUAUGGACAGAAAGGAGAACAUCAUUGACUUAGCUUAUAAAAAUAAAUUUAAAUUAAAUUAAUAUUGGCGAUUAAUUUUUUAAUUAGGAUUUUUCAAAUGCAAAUCUUGAUCGGUGAUUGUACUAACAAAUUAGUGUUUUGACUUCUUUUAAGGUUUCUUAAAAGUAAUUUAAGGCAACAUUGAUAAUGUUUGAUGUUGCGUGAUUUGAAUCCAUAUAUGGAACAUACCUACUGGAUCAGCAUACUUUUAUUAGUUGUUGAUCAAUGGUAUUAAUGGGUAAUACUAAUGAAGCUCAUGUUGUGCUCAUCUUCACCAUUAAGAAUCGUUGUGAUGCAUUAUUACCUUAUUAUUAUCAUUAUUUUAUAGUAAUUAAACAACCUUCUGCACGUCAUUGUUUAUUGUUCAGUUAGUAGGGCACCGUCGGAUUAAAUAAUUAGGCUCUUUUAAUUAUUCUGUCAGAUAACAGUUUUAGUAUUCAAAAAACUUAUGAAACAUAUAAAUGAAUAUGAGGAUGGUUAUUAAGUUUAAGAAUUUAAAGUCUGGGCUGUAGAUGCAUUUGAAGAUUGGUGUCUUACAUGACUGUGCAUUGAAUUAUGUUUUACUGUAUGUGAGUGUAUGAAGCUUUGGCUUUUUUAAGUUUGUCUGUCUUUCAACAAGGCGUAAUUACAUGAUUUCAAAUUGUUCUGUAUGUUCUCAUCAUUUUUAAGUUUUACUGGUAAAGUUAAUUAUAUUCUAUAUGCUUUACUAUGGCUUGAUGAUGAAUUAUAUGAAUUAUAGCAAAUGUUGAAUGUCGAAUGUUUUGAAAUGUUCUCCUUUUAGAUUUUUUAAUAAAUACAGCGUAACAG